CGAAAUGUUUGGAACCACCGGUUGCUUGAAUUUCAGACAAAAAAUUCACAAAAAUUGACGAAAAAAUGGAUGAAGACGACUAUCGCUCAUUAAUUUUGUACUUUGGACGCGAAAAGUUUUACAAUCACAUGCAAAAUGCCGCUUUGGAAGGAAUUGGUAAAUUCAUCAACGAUUUUUCGUUUCGGCUCUUCAACGGGUUCAGUUUAGUGCUCGGAAAUCGCAUUCAAGAGGGAAUUCGGGAGCUGAACCCCAUUCAAAAUGACUCGGAUUUGUCAAUUGCGGCAAUUUUAGCUCUUAUGUACGCCCACAAACGGUGCAACGUCGUCGACAAGGAAGCUCUUCUCACGCUCGAGACGAAAUUGAAGCAAGAACGCAAGUCUUUGUCCGCCACAGGGAGUUAUUAUGCCGCAGUUUUCCUCUUUUUGAGCGGAAAAGUGGACAAAGCGAAGGAAUAUGCGGAUCGCGUGUUGAAAGUUCAUUCAGACCAUCCGGAAGCGCUCAUCUUAAAAGGCUGGUGUGAGUUGUCGCUGCCUCAGGGUUUGUACAACAAGCAAAUUUUGGAGUUAUUCGAACGUGCGUUGAACAUCAAGAAGAGCAUCGAUGCGCAUUUCGGUCAAGUACGCUACCAUCAGCUAAAUGGCGACGUCGAAACCGCUCUAAACAUCUUGGGACGCAUUUCGAUCCGGUAUCCCGACAUCAAUAUCCCGCUCGUGGAGAAAAUGAAGACGCAACUCGGGCAUUGGAACUGGGAACAUGCCUUGGAAUCGGCAAAUCGCAUCUUGAACGCCGAUCCGCAAAAUAUUGAAGCGUUGCGCGUAAAAAUUAUCGUCUUGUUGUGUCGUGAUGGAAGUUACAAUGCCUCGUUGGCGGUGUUGCAAGAGUUGUAUAAAGCUGUGGAACGCGGCGAACCAACAAAUGCGGAUUUAUUUUAUCAAAUUGCGGCACUUUUGACAAGGAUUUCGGGCAAAAAUUACACCGUGCUGAACGAAGCGUACAAAUUUAUUGAUAAAGCGAUACAAAUUUCGCCGGGACAAGCGGAGUACAUCACGGAAAUGGGUUAUGUGUGCAUUUUGCAGGAGAAGUUUAAGGAUGCAACGAAAGCGUUUCGGUCAGCGACGAAGUUGGAUGACAGUUCUGUGAUGGCGUUGUGUGGAUUGACGCUCUGUACUAUUUUGGAUCAAGGUUCAAACGAACAAGCGCGCCAACAAAUCGAAUUCCUCUUCGAAAUCCAAGGCGACAACAAAAUCCCCCUUUUAUCCUACAUGGCGGCAAAAAUGACAACUGAUGCUCCAAACGAAGCUACAAAACUCCUAAUUGAGGCUUGCGAGACACAAUUUCGUAAUUUGGGCACAUUACCCUUCGGCGCCGACUAUUUGCGUCGUUUUGACUCUGGAUUUCUCUUGGAUGUGGUCAAAGAACUGCUGAAAUACUCCCCGAUCCAACAAUCUGUGACAGUUGGCGAGAUUUUGUCACGCGACACUCUUCACAUAACCCUCACUCAAAGCUUGAACAUUUUAGAUGCGAUCGUAAAAGCAUGCCCCGGAAUGGUCGAAGGUGUUUUUCUUCUUGCCCGAGUUCAAUAUCUCUGCGGCGACACGAGUUUCGCUGCGAAAAGCUUACAAAAAAUCUUGCAAGACAUCGAUCCUUCAUACACGGAAGCUCACUUAUUGAUGGCUCAGAUCUACAUUCAACAAAAAUCAUUUGGGCGCGCAUCACAAAGUCUCGAGAUCUGCCUAAGUCACAAUUUCAAAGUGCGCGAAAACCCAUUCUACCAUUUGCUCAACGGAAUUAUCCAAAAAAGUCAAAUGUUGUAUGAUGAAGCGAUCAAAAGCUUCUUGAUGGCGAUGAAUUUGUCGGGAAUCACGAAUGUAGGUCCAGCGCCGACGAAAAUUCCCCUUGUCAAAACGGGAAAUUUGAGUUUGGUUGAUAAAGUGACGCUCUAUCUCGAAGCGAUCAAAACUUAUAGUCUCAUGAAUCAAACCGCUGAAGCAAACCGCUUGAUGCAGAUCGCUCUGGAAGAGUUCAAUAACACGCCGGAAAAGGGUCGACUCAUUAUCUCGAACGCAGAUAUAUUUUUGCAGCAAGGCGCGAGCAAAAAAGCUCUUGAUAUGCUGCGAUCUAUUCAACCUACGCAGCCAUAUUAUUUACAAGCAAAAACCAAGAUGGCGGACAUUUAUUUGAAACAUUGCAAAGAUCGCAUGGGAUUCGCGCAAUGUUUCAAGGAACUUGUUGAACAUAAACCGGGCGGUGAAAGCUAUUUGAUGUUAGGAGAUGCUUUUAUGAGUAUCCAAGAACCUGACGAAGCGAUUGACGCUUAUAAAAAAGCUUUGAAGCAAAAUCCGAGAGAUCCUGUUUUGGCAAGUAAACUCGGAAGGGCCUACGUUAAAACGCAUCAAUACAAAAAAGCGAUCUCAUAUUACAAGGAAGCGAUCAUGACGCCCGAAAAUGGCAGCUUGAAGCUGGAUUUGGCGGAACUUUACUUGAAAUUGAAGCAAUUUCAAGAUGCCGAACAGGUUUUGACGCAAGAAAUUCGAAAUUCAAACAAUGAUGCUAUUGAUGACAUCUCCAUUUUGCAACUUCGUACGAAGCAGAUGUUGCUUCUGGCGCGAGUUCAUGAAAAGGCGGGAUAUCUUCAAGCAUCAUUGAAUACCCUCAAAGACGCGCGCGAUAAUCAAUAUCGCUUGCAAAAACGCACGAUGCUCGAACAAAACUUUGGCAAUCAAGAACAAAGUCGUUUGUUGUCCAAAAUUUGCGUUCUAAUGGCGGAACAAUCGAUCAGUUUGCGCGAUAACAUCCAAGCUGUGCAUCACUACAAAGAAGCGCUGCGUUUCGCGCCACAAGAUCUCACAAUAAUGGCUGCCCUGGCACGCCUCCACAUGCAAAUGAACGAAAUGAACGAAUGUCAGCGAAUUUGCGCGCAAAUUUUGGAACAAGAUACAUCAGAUCCCGCCGAACACGAAGCUGCUUCUGUCAUGAUGGCGGAUUUGUCGUUUCGCAAAAUGGAUUUCGACAAUGCCGCGUAUCACUUUUCGCAGUUGCUAAUAACGCGCCCGCUUUAUUGGACAGCGUUGGCACGUUUAAUUGAGGUUAUGCGACGAUCAGGAACGCUGCACGAGGUUUUGCCUUUUUUGAAAACGGCGGAGCAGCAAAGUAAUGGAUCGCUUGAACAUGUUGCUGGGCUGAACUAUUGCAAGGGGAUGUACGAAUGGUAUACGGGAAAUCCGAAUACGGCGUUGAGGUUAUUUAAUAAUGCGAGACAUGAUGCGGAAUGGGGACCCCAAGCGAUCUUCAAUAUGAUCGAGAUCUGUUUGAAUCCCGAUGGAGAUCUUCCGAGUGAAGGUAUUUCCGAAACUGCGGAAGAUCUCGAGUUUCGGGAUUCGAAACAGAUGGCGCUGAAUACGGCGGAGCGUUUGGUGAACGAACUGAAGCCUCGUCCCGGUGUCAUGGAUGACGAAGCUUUGAAUCACAAACUGCUUGAAGGAUUUCUCCUGAUUUCGUCGAAGCUCAAGUCGAAUGUUGAAAAGGCGCUGAACGAAUUUACAGCGCUGGCUUCGCAAGAAGAAUACAAAGAACACGUGGGCGCCAUUUAUGGGAUCGCUACUGCUAAUAUUGUCAUGAAACAGCAACAACGCGCCAAAAAUCAGCUCAAACGAGUGGCAAAGAACGUUUGGACCUUUGAAGAUGCUGAGUAUUUGGAAAAAGCGUGGUUAUCUCUCGCUGAUAUUUACAUAACCUCAAAUAAAUACGAAAUGGCGACAGAUCUGCUGAAUCGCGUCUUGAAACAUAACAAAUCCUGUUCGAAAGCAUAUGAAUUGAUUGGAUUCAUCGCGGAAAAGGAGGGCAGUUAUAAAGUUGCUGCAGCAAAUUAUGACGCUGCGUGGCGUCACACUGGGCGAACAAAGCCUAAUAUCGGCUACAAAUUAGCUUAUUGCUAUAUGAAGGUCAAAAAUUACGCGGAAGCAAUAGAUGUUUGUCAACAAGUCCUGAAAAUUCACCCAGAGUAUCCGGCGAUCAAGAAGGAAAUCCUCGAUAAGUGUCGCAAUAACUUACGAACCUAAAAAAAACUUAAAAUUAAGAAAAAUUAAAUGGAACACAUUCCGUCCAAAAAUUGAUAUUAUAGCACCUAAAACUAAAA